AUGCUGUCUAGGACAGUCUACAGCUGCGGGAACCGAAAACUCUUCAGCUCAACCUGUCCAGCUUUGAGGACAUGGCGAUCCAACCCGGCGAUUGCUGUGAGACCUGGUGUUCGCAUCUUCACCCAGUCAGCCUUCUUAAAACGCCAGGUUGAGACGAAGAGACCAACACAGUCAGGAAAAGGCGCCGAUCAGGGUUCAAGCAAGCCGGUAACCGCAGACCUUGUCACACCAGAGUCGAUCCAAAAGGCAGAGCCUGUCAAGGUCAACCCAGACCCGAAGAAGGAUGGCCUUCUUUCGGAAAAAGUCGUCUCCAACAAGGAGCAGCGGAAAGUGGACUUGGCCAUCAUGAAGGAAAUGGUGCAGUACCUGUGGCCAAAAGGGGAUUGGGGAACUAAGCUACGCGUCAGCACCGCCCUGGGUCUGCUGGUGUCAGCCAAGAUCCUGAAUGUCAACGUGCCCUUCUAUUUCAAGAACAUUGUCGACUCGAUGAACAUUGAUUUCCUGGCGGUUGGCGGCACGGCGUGGACCGUGGCCGGGUCCAUGAUUGUGGCGUAUGGGGUGACCAGAAUCGGCGCGACGCUGUUUCAAGAACUACGCAAUGCCGUUUUCGCCAGUGUGGCACAGAAGGCGAUCCGCAAUGUGGCCCGAAAUGUCUUCCAGCAUCUGUUGCGGUUGGACCUGAAUUUCCAUCUAUCGAGACAGACUGGUGGUCUUACGAGAGCAUUGGAUCGAGGAACAAAAGGCAUCAGCUUCUUGUUGACGUCCAUGUUAUUCCAUAUCUUCCCUACAAUUUUGGAGAUAUCUAUGGUAUGCGGCAUCUUGACAUACAAAUAUGGUGCCUCGUUUGCUGCCAUCACGGCAGCAACGAUGGUUGCAUAUUCGGCAUUCACGAUCGCCACGACAUCUUGGAGAACGAAGUUCCGAAAGCAAGCCAACGCGGCAGACAACCAAGGUGCGACCGUGGCGGUGGACACCCUCAUUAACUACGAGGCAGUGAAAUAUUUCAACAACGAAAAAUUCGAGGUCGAUCGAUACGAUAAGGCGCUGAAGAAAUACGAGGACGCAUCCAUUAAAGUGACGACGUCGCUGGCCUUCCUCAAUACGGGGCAAAAUGUCAUAUUUUCCUCGGCCCUGGCUGGCAUGAUGUACAUGGCGGCAACCGGGGUGGCAGCUGGUGAAUUGACAGUCGGAGACUUGGUCAUGGUCAACCAACUUGUCUUUCAGUUGUCGGUGCCCCUGAAUUUCUUGGGCUCGGUCUACCGAGAACUCCGACAGUCGCUGCUUGACAUGGAGACUCUGUUCAAUCUGCAGAAGGUCAAUGUGACGGUGAAGGAGGUCGCGCAUCCGAGACCGCUUGCUUUGACCAAAGGAGGAGAGAUCAAAUUCGAAAACGUCACCUUCUGGUAUCAUCCGGAUCGGCCUAUAUUGCGGAAUCUGACCAUGACGAUCCCGGCUGGGAAGAAGGUGGCCAUUGUAGGACCCAGUGGAUGUGGGAAGUCGACCAUUCUUCGCCUGUUGUUCCGCUUCUAUGACGCUCCGACGGGCCGAAUCAUGAUCGACGGACAAGACAUCAGGGAACUCAGCCUGGACAGUCUACGAGAAAGUAUCGGGGUGGUACCACAAGACACGCCGUUGUUCAACAACACGAUCGAGCAUAACAUCCGAUACGGCAAGAUUGAUGCGUCGUUUGAGGAAGUCAAAAAGGCAGCUCAACGAGCCCGAAUCCUUGAUCUCGUCGAGGGUCUGCCGGCCGGCUGGAACACCAUGGUGGGUGAAAGAGGUAUGAUGAUAUCCGGGGGCGAAAAGCAACGGCUUGCCAUUGCCCGACUUAUCUUGAAGGAUCCUCCUCUGUUGUUCUUUGACGAAGCGACAUCGGCAUUGGACACGUAUACGGAGCAGACGCUGCUCCAGAACAUCAACAGUAUCCUGAAGGAAAAGGCCCGCACCAGUGUGUUUGUGGCGCAUCGCCUGCGCACCAUCUAUGACAGCGAUAUCAUCUUUGUGCUCAGCGAGGGCCGGGUGGUUGAGCAAGGCACCCAUACGGAACUGCUGGCUUUAGGAGGACUCUAUUCCGAUCUCUGGACCGCACAAGAGGUGUCGGUUGGACAAGACAUGACUCUGGAGCGCGAACUGGUAGAAGAGCGGGAGAUUGAAGAGAAGGAAAAGAACGAAAAAGAGAAGUGA